CCGAAAGUUAAUUACUGUAUAACGAUGACUCAUUACAGGAAUGUCUAUACUGUUUAACGUUGAUUCAUUCCAGGAAGUAUUUUAAUAGUUGUUUUAUUGUGUUCCAGAAAUGGCGUCCUCUAGCCGUCUCCUGUCUGAAGAGCAGUUCCAGUGCUCUAUCUGUCUGGAUGUGUUCACUGAGCCUGUCUCUACUCCAUGUGGACACAACUUCUGCAAGGUCUGUAUCAGCGGAUACUGGGAUACAACUGACCUGUGCCAGUGUCCAAUGUGUAAGAGGACAUUCUACACAAGACCAGAGCUCACUAUCAACACAGCAUUCCGAGAUGUUGUAGAUUAUGUUAACAGGAUCAGAGUCAAAAACAGAGAAAAAUCCCCUGCUGAGGCUGGAGAAGUGGUCUGUGACAUCUGCACUAGGAUGAAGCUCAAGGCCUUGAAGUCCUGCCUGGAGUGUCAGACCUCUUUCUGUGAGACUCACCUGCAGCCUCAUCAGAGAGUCACCGGCCUGAAAAGGCACAAGCUAAUAGAUCCCGUGGAGAACAUGGAAGACAGGAUGUGUAAGAAGCAUGACAGACAGCUGGAGCUGUUCUGUAGGACCGACCAGACUUGUGUGUGUCAGUUCUGCACUGAGGCAGACCACAAGACUCACCACACCGUCCCUCUAGAGAAAGAGUUUGGAGAGAGGAAGGCUCAGCUGGUGAAGACGGAACAACAUGUACGGCAGAUGAUCCAGGAGCGACUAGAGAAGGUUCAGAAGAUCAAACAUUCAGUAGAGUUCAGCAAGAAAGAUACACAAAGAGUGAUGGCAGACAGUCUGCAGGUUUUCACUGAUCUGAUGGAUUCCAUUGAGAAAAGCAAGAAGGAGCUCAUUGAGGAGGUUGAGGAGAAGCAGAAAGCAGCAGAGAAUCCGGCUGAAGGGUUUAUUGAAGAGCUGGAGCAGGAAAUCAAUGACCUACGUAGGAGACACACUGAGUUGGAACAGCUCUCACACACUGAGGACCACCUCCACCUCCUCCAGAUCUUCCCAUCCCUGUACACCACUCCAAACAUCAAGGACUGGUCUGAGAUCAGUGUUUACAGUGAGACGUGUGUGGGGAAUUUGAGGAGUGUUUUGAGAAGCUUUGUGUCUGAGCUGGAAAAGACAGUGAGGAGAGCAUUUUCUGAAAAAUUCAAUAAUGCAAUGGAGGACUUUCAUGACAUCAAUCUGAAAAAGAUGCAGCAGUAUGCAGUGGAUGUGACUCUGGACCCUGAUACAGCAUAUGACAGGGUCGUCCAAUCUAAGGACAAGAAACAGUUGAGAAAAGGAAGAAAAAAUCUCCCUGACAACACAGAUAGGUUUCGUUGAAGUUAGUCUGUCCUAUGAAGAGAGGGCUUCUCCUCAGCGAGAUUCUACUAUGAGGUGUAGGUGGAGGAGAGGACUUGCUGGAAGUUAAGGGUAGUAAUUCCAAUUUGGUUUGCAGUGUUGUUUCUACACAUUAAUCACUUUGAGUCGUGUGUCAAAAUGAGGGAAUGACCAGUCCUUUGAGGUUUUUGCAUUGAAGUUUACACACCUUGAGUGAUAUAUAGAAAUGUACUGAAUGAUGUAUGAAGGAGUGUAUUGUUGUUUGUUUGUUUUGUUUGAUAAAUAUCACCAGAUUGGGUCCGCUGGAUGAUCGAGAUUACUCCCUAAGGAUUAGUGGUAACUCUGCGAUGAGGUUGACAGUGUCAUAGUGGGAGUAUAAGCCAAUUUGGAAAAAUUGUUUCAACAGAACGUGUUGUUACUCGCUUUGACAUAUGUUUUAGAGAUUUUCAUUGGGAAUAUUGGUAGUAACAAUUUGUCAUAGGGUAAAUUAUUGUUUGGAUUUCCUGAAUCAGAGAUUCACUGAACUGAAUUGUUGUUCUGAAUUGUCCUUUCUCAAAGUUAUGGUGACUACAGAUAGUAUCUAAAUGCAUGGAAGGGAUCAUUUGACCAAACGGUGUAGACCUCAAAACCCCCUCUAACCGGCUGAAGAUAUGGCGCUCAGUUCGGCCCUGUCCUGCACCACUUCUAUCAAGAGACUUGAGUCUGAGCCAGCAACCGGUGUACAGCAUCCAGUUGAAGUUAUCAACUGCCUUUUCUCUCAUGCCCUUCUCUCAGGAGUGUGACAGGAGUCCACAUGGAGUGAGCAUGGAGAGAGAUCCAUUCCAAAACUUCUCUUAUGUUGCCGGUAUACUGGUUGACAAAUGGACAAUACAUAAUAGGAGUUGUGGUGGGACUCAGGUAAAACAUUGAAAUUGAGACAUUGUCAUGGGCCAUCCACUUUGAACUGCGAAGCUAUCUGAAGAAAAAUGAAAAAAUGCCAGAAGAUUGAAUGCCGGGAAAGGAGGGGGUUGGUCAACUGUGCCCGUAAAUAUUUUAGACUUUUCUGAAAUAGUUUAUUUUGGGGUAUCAGUUUGAUUGUGGAGGUCUACACACUGCUAAAUGUAUAGUAAUUUAGGCUAAGAAUGCAUUGAGAUAGUGAUCUGUAAUUAAUCAUGAUGAGAGAGGUAAUACUAGAAUUUUGAGAUUAAUAUUUUGUAUGUUAAUAUAAAUGUACAUUCUGCCAGUGUUGAUGUGUUAAAUUGAGGGUUUACAUUUUGAGUGAUAGAACCAAUGUGAAUGCUAUUCUCAACAUGCCUUGGUGAAUGGAAAGGUGAUCUCUUAUCCUGAGGGAAACUGAUCCUAAUCUAUUUGACCUAUAUCCAUUACCAAAUUGAAAUGUUUAAUGAUAAUACUCAGGAAUUAUAGCAGGUUUGUGCUAAUGGUGCAUAGCCAUAGGUGUUGCCUUAUAAAUAGUGGGAUUGUGAUGCUUGU